AUGAAGGAAACAAAUUUAGAAAAAAGUGUUCUCGCUUUAAUAGAAUUGAAAACCAGUUCUGAUAUUCAGUUAUCUUCACCAGUUUCCAAUCUUUUGCAUAAUUUCUGCAUUGAUCCCGCUUUAGCCAUGAGACUGAUCGGUAUUGUCAAUGGUUUAGGAGGCUCAAGACAUCAACAAAUUCUUCGUGAACUCAUAGAUGAAACUCUAUUGAACUGUAGUGAUGCACUUUUUUCAUUAUGUGCAUGGUGGCACGAAGAUAUUGUACCUCCAUUUCUUCACAAUCUGUUUAUUCCUCUAAAAUCUCUUCCACCCACUAUCCCUUUCCAGAAACAACAUCUUUCAGUAUGGAAUGCAUUGCUGAUUUUAAUAUCAUCUCAUAGUCUAUCCUGUAGACCAUGCGCCAAACAAUUGUUGAUCAGUUUUCGAGAUGAGUUACAUUCUGGAGAUUGGAAUGAUUCGUGUAACAAGAAUUUUUUAUUAAAUAUUCUGGAUUCAUUUGUAAUUGACGCUAAUGAGGUUCUCGAAAAAGCUAUAAAUGGAAUGGCGUUUCAAUUUAUUCGUAAAUGUGUGAUACCACUUCUUCAAGCUCAAGAGAAUACCGUCGCAUUUGAAAUGGUUGAUUCUAUGUUAAAACAACUUAUUGCUCACUUUCCAAAUAAGCUUAUUUUAUUUUUGGUGUUAAAUUUUCGUUCAUUAAGGAUAUAA